GGGCCGGGCCUGCACGCACCGGCGGCAGGAAGUGCAGGGACCCGACCCCAGCCACGCCACCGCUAUUGCUCUUCAUCAUUUCCUAUGGGCAUGGAGUUUUGCUAGUAGAGCGGAGCGUAUGAAAAGUCAAGCUAUGAAAAACACCUUGAUGCAAGAUAGCGCUUACCAGACACUCUGUGCACUUUCUGCUCAGAAGAAUCCCAGGAAAAAAAGUGGAUUAUUUGAGACUACAAGUGCAAGAAAGCUGCAGACUUCCUUUCCUCCUAUUCACUUCAGUCUCAGUACCCCCUCCAGAUCUACGUACAAAAGCUGCAAGGAUUAUGUAUCAAAUCUAGAUGUUUCCAGAGACAUCCAGGGGCAGAAAAUCAACCUACCUCAAGUGGAGAAGCCAUCGGAGAAAAUUUCAGCACCCAUCCAGUCUGUUACUGCUGUGGAUAAAAGUAAAGUAACAACAGACCACAGUCGAUACCUCAGGGCUCGCUCAAACACUUUAGUAGUGCCUUUUCUUAGUACUAGAGAGAUUAAACUGGAAAACAAAUCCAGGUUAGAUUUGCCAUCUUCAAAGGUAGCAUCAGAAGGACUGUCAGCCAAGACACACAAAGUUCCAGAGUGUCCAAAUUGCAAAAAGGAAAGGAGGAUCCAAAAUGAGUACGACAAGUUCAUUUUGCAGUCAAAGAGGGACAAGGAGGCCUUGCAGAAGACGAUUGUGAAGCUAGAAGCUGAGCUGAAAAGAUAUGAAGAGCAUCAUAAACGAGCUCAAAGACAAGAGAGUGAAGUAACUGGCUCUGUGGAAGAACAGCAGUACCUGAGAGGGGAAGUUUCUCUUCUUGAUGGUUUGGAAGGAAUGUGUAAAAAUGAACUAGCAUAUAUGAGAAGCAGAUCAGACGUGAACAAACUGGAAGAGGAGAGCAAACGGAAGCGGCAACAAAUGGUAAAAGAUAGUUUGUUAGUUGAAAUGGAGGAGUUAAAAGCCCAGCUGCAAAGAAUUCAGAAUAAUGAGGAAAAACAAGCUCAGAUGACCAAAAUGAAGCAAAGCAAGUUGGUUCUUGAAAUGGAAGAGUUAAAGUCCCAACUUGAAAAAACAAAGGAGCGGGAAAGGCAAAAAGUAUCAGUUUUAGAAAAUGAGAAGGAUGCCUGUCUGAGGGAAAUAGCAGAAAUGAAAACUUGCAUUGAGAAGAUGGGCACAGAGAACAGUUCACUUAUGGAGAAAAUGAAAGCCUUGGAGAAUAGGUCUUCCUGUUGUUGUUUGGCUUCCGUGGCUCAUGGCAAUGCAGAAAUACUAACUAUUUCUCACCACAGCACAUUUAGUGUUGAUGCAGAAAGCCCUCAUUGCUUCAAUAGUUGUGGUGGUGCAACUUGCAAUUCUGGAACACAAAGGGGUAAAUGUGUUGCUGGGACAAGCUCAGUGGAGGAUGAUGAAAUCGGAAUGAAAGAGAUGUAUAAACAGCUGAAGAGAGAACGUAACCUUCUGCUUGAUGUCAUGCUACUUAUGUACACAAGACGAUGGUUUCUGGAAGAAGCAAUACCCUAUAUAAGAAGAACUCUUAGGAAAUGCGGAGUAAAUUCAGAAGACAGAAACUGAAACUCGGAUCUCUUAUCCAGUCAAAACACAAGAUUUAAUGUAAUAACUCACAACAGGGUUUGUUCUUGCUUCAGAGGGUUUGUCUACACUGCAAUUAGACAAGCGUGGCUGGUCCAUGCCAGCUGACUCGGGCUCGUGGGGCUCAGGCAUAGGGCUGUUUAAUUGUGGUGGAGACAUUUGGGCUCUGGCUACAGCCUGAGCUCCGGGAUCCUUCCACCUCACAGGGUCCUAGAGCCUGGGCCCCAGCCAAGUGUCUAUGCCAGAAUUAAACAACCUCUUAGACCAAGCCAACUGGCACAAGCCAGCUGUGCAUGUCUAAUUGCAGCAUAAACAUACUCAGAGAUCAGUGGGAGCAUAAUUAAAUCCAAUACUGUAGAAGCUUGAUUUUUAAACUUGUGUGCCUAACUUCAAGCACUCACGUGCCUGAAAUGGGUAUUUAAAGUGGGUGCUUAUAACACCCACAGAUCACACUUACAUCAACAUCUCUGAAAAAUCAUGCCCAAGGUGUCAAGUUAGUGUUUAAAAAUUGAGGCACCCAGAGAUCAGUGACCUCUUUUGAAAAUUUGGCUGGAGGGCAUCAGGUGGCUAAAUCAGAUCUCAUUGCCUCAUUUUAGGCAUCGUGUUACAAAGUUGGGCUCUUUGGUAUGAUCUGCCAAUGUUCUUCCCUUUUAGGACCAUACCACCUAGAUAGGUUCACAAAACUUCUACAGAUGUCAGAGGACAUGGGCAUACAAGGCACCAGCAUAAGGUUCUUAGCAGGUGAAAUUAUCUUCAUUUAUACUCAUGUGGACCCUACACUUCAGGGGUUUAUGUUAUAAAACUUUUUUUUGGUGGAGUUUGCUGCUGAUGUAAAACACACCCAUUAAGAUUACCCUGCACACCAAUAAAAGAUAGUUAGCUUGAUAAUUUAAACAAAUUACCUGGUCCUGAAUUCAGUCAGAAAUGAAUGCUUCAGUAGUACAUCUAAUACGUUUCUUCCGUAUUGUUAUACAGUUCUGCAUUGUACUGCUGCAGCCAUCUAAAUGACUGUGUAUGAGAGACAAAUAGGUCAUUCGACAACUAUUUAAAUACUUUCUAUAUUAAUGAACACAUUAACAUGGAGUUAACACACCUUGCCACCUGUCUAUGGUAGCACUGUAGAACCCCUUCAGUUGUUUUAUGCAUUUAUUUUGGUGAAAAUGCUGAACUGUUGAAACAACUUGUGGAGCUUAUAUUGGAUAACAAUAGUAAAGGAAACUUACAUCAUAUCCUGUUUCAGCAGCUCGUGUGUACUAUGAUUUUGGAAUUAUGCUGGGGAAGAUCUAUGACCUGUGUUACACAGGAGGUCAGACUAGAUGAUCACAAUGGGUCCCUUCUGGCCUUAGAAUCUACAAAUAUGUCAUAGAAUCAUAGAUUAUUAGGGUUGGAAGGGACCUCAAGAGAUCAUCUAGUCCAACCCCCUGCUCAAAGCAGGACACCUAUUGCAGAAAUUGAGGUUUCAAACCUUUGUUACCUGUCAGCUCUGUAUUCUUGGGGAACCAGGGUGCAGCACCCAGCCUGUUUGACUCAUGAAAGACCUCCCCCACCCCCCCAGCCUCUGCUUGAACCAAAGCCGAUCAGAAGAAGGACUUACAAAAAACAGCGAAAAGGCAGUGGGAGACACACCUAAACUCCUCCGGACAAGAGUGACAGGGUUAAGGAAACUCCCCUAGCCUCAUUUGCAUCAAAGAUGGGACAGGGAGGCAUCUCCAUUAGCAUACAGAAUGGAGAACAGAGAUUCCAAGGCAAGAAUCGCGCAGAACUC